AGUGAGGUGGUGCCCUCAGUGCGCUUUCCGCCCGCCUGGUGCCUAUGCAGGAAAAGACGUCACCAUGUGUGAAGUCCCUUUGACGGGGAGCGGCGGCGGGUAGGGACGGAAGUUCUGGAAGUAUGCAGGGAAGAAAGGGAAAGGAUGCUUCCCGCCGCCUGCUCCCGGAGCCUGUGGAGAACGCGAGGCGAGCGCGGGCCGAGAGGGGUAGGCUCUUCAGAGCGGACGACUUCAGAGACGCCGGUCCUUUCACUCCUGCCAGGGCCGCGUCGGUAGUAAGAAUCCCAUAGACCGGAUUGUACGUGCUUUUGCCGAAACACACCCCCUCGCUGCCCCACGUAAGUGCCUCACUUUGACCCGAUGAUCUAGAGGCAAAACACAGCAACAGAAGUCCCUGGGGAAUCCUGGCAUCGAUAGAAGCCUGCUUUCAGAAGCUGUGAGUGACCCUGAACAAUGACCAUUUUAAAGAUGGUGAAACUGAGGCUCAAGAGGGCAUAUAAUUUAUUCAAGGGCACAGCUGCCACAUUAAACAACUUUGCUGCUGCUGCACUGCCCAGACUCUUCCACUGCACGGUUGAUGGGGACCCCUGGAAGGCCCGGACCUCUGCCCCUGCAGCUUCCACACCAGGAAGUGAACUCCACAAGAGAACAGCCCAUCUUCACCACCCGAGCACAUGUCUUCCAGAUUGACCCCACCACCAAGAAGAACUGGGUGCCUGCGAGCAAGCAGGCGGUCACCGUUUCCUACUUCUACGAUGUCACCAGGAACAGCUAUCGGAUCAUCAGUGUGGAUGGAGCCAAGGUGAUUAUAAACAGCACAAUCACGCCCAACAUGACUUUCACCAAAACAUCGCAGAAGUUUGGACAGUGGGCCGACAGCAGAGCCAACACGGUGUUUGGUUUGGGGUUUUCGUCGGAACAGCAGCUGACAAAGUUUGCAGAAAAAUUCCAGGAGGUGAAAGAAGCUGCCAAAAUAGCCAGAGACAAGUCGCAGGACAAAAUCGAGACCUCAAGUAAUCACUCUCAAGCGUCUGGGUGUGAAACCCCAUCUUCUACUCAGGCGUCCAGUGUCAAUGGGACAGACGAUGAAAAAGCCUCUCACGCGAGUCCUGCUGACAUUCACCUGAAGUCAGAGAACAACAAGCUGAAGAUCGCUUUGACCCAGAGUGCCGCCAAUGUGAAGAAAUGGGAGAUCGAGCUGCAGACCCUGCGGGAGAGCAAUGCCCGGCUGACCACAGCGCUGCAGGAGUCGGCGGCCAGCGUGGAGCAGUGGAGGAGGCAGUGCUGCAUCUGCCGCGAUGAGAACGACCGGCUGCGGAACAAGAUUGACAAGCUGGAAGAGCAAAGCAGCGUGAUCAACAGAGAGAAGGAGAAAAACUUCCAGCUGAAGAGAAGAAUCGAAGAGCUGGAAUCAGAACUCCGAGAAAAGGAGACGGAGUUGAAAGAUCUCCGAAAACAAAGUGAAAUCAUACCUCAGCUCAUGUCGGAGUGUGAAUACGUCUCUGAGAAGUUAGAGGCGGCAGAGAGAGACAAUCAAAAUCUGGAAGACAAAGUACUUUCUCUGAGGUCGGACAUAGAGGAGAGUAAAUACCGACAGCGCCACCUGAAGGUGGAGCUGAAGAGCUUCUUGGAGGUUUUGGACGGGAAGAUCGAUGACUUACACGACUUCCGCCGCGGCCUCUCCAAGCUGGGCACGGACAACUAGGGGGAGUCCCAGGCCUGGCCCUCGAGUCCCAGAGCCUUGUGAAGAGUGGUCCCCUCAGACCACACAGCCCCCCGGUGCACCUGGCAGGAGCCCAGAAAAACCACGGUGGAGUCCAGACUGUGGAACAUUUUGGCAGAUGAUUGACAGGUCUGAGGAUACGCAGCUGUGGGGAAUCUGUUACUGUUUUCACCCUCUCGCACCACUUUUAAUAUAAAGCCCUAACUUUAAAUAAAUUAUUGUAGUGAUAUCUUAUGAUGUGACAGGCAAUUAGGCAUUUCUUCCAUCAAACGUAAGAGUUUACUGAUUAGUAUGAGGUGGACGAGUGGACUUUCCCAAGAGUACUAGAGUUUUUUUCCCCUUUUUUAAUGCCUUUUUGGUACAUAAAUAAUAUAUACUUUUUUUUUUUUAAAGAAAAAGAAACUACAGAUGAGUGAAAAGCAAAAAUCACCUGUUAUUACACCAUCUGAUUAUAACCACUGUUAACAUUUUGGUAUAUAUCUUUUCAGGAUUUUUUUCUAUGCUUCUGUAUUUGCUUUAUUAUUUUUUUCAUGAAAUGCAAUCACACAUGCUGUUUUAUAGCUUACUUUUUUUCUUUUUAGCACCAUAUUGUGAUUAUAUUUCUAUAUCGUAAAUAUGUAAUUGCAUCAUUUUUGUCACCUAUGUAGGUUGUACCUUGGAUACUUAGGUCGUUUCCAGUUUUUCACUGUUGCAGUUAAGGAUAUGAUGAAAUCCUUUCUUCUAACAUCUUUGUGACCUUUUUAGAAUAUUUACUUAGCAUAAUUUUCUGAAGUUAGACUUGCUGCCUCAAAAAUGUGGGGGCACAUAGGAGACUCCACUUUGCGUUAGAGUCAUUCCGGGUCCUGUGACUCAUUAUGACCAAUGAAAUGUGGAAGUGACAUGUGAAAGUCGCAGACCAAGCCUCUGAGAUGCCUGUGUGCAGUUCCCCAGGCUGUUCCCUGGUCUCAGCAAACGGUGAUGCCCCAGAAACGGGGCCUCAGCCUUCUGGGUCCCUGCUUGACUGUGGAGCAGCUCCCCUUCCUAACACCCCAGCCCAACCCGCUGUGUGGACAUGUGGUGUGAAUAAGGAAUAACCUUAAGUGUGACCCCACUGAGAUUUCAGGGUUCCUUUGUUCCUGCAACAUACCCUAUCCUGACUAACAAUAAGAAGGUGUGCACAUUUUUACGACUUUGUUAUAUAUUGCCUCAAAUUGCCUUCCAAAAGAUGAUACCAAAUUAUACUCCCACCAGCAAUGUGUGAGAAUGUCCCGCUCCCUCUUUAGCAUUGGUGUUACCGUGGGGCUGGGGGGCUAGUUUUCAUCUGCAUUUUUUUUAUUAAAAGGAGACCCUCACUAGCAAAAAUAUUUAUUAGAUGAUAUUCUUUUGUAGUUUACCUGUUCAUCUCCUCUGGCCAGUUUUCUCAUAAAGUGUUUAACUGUCUCACUGAUUUCUAAGAGUUUUUUGUAACAUAAGUAUUGUGGGGGGAAAAAAAGUUGUAUGUAUGGUUUUUUAGAAAUGUUCAGACAUUGAGAAACACUUCUUAGUCAAAGAUGUCUUUUCCUUUGAAGUUGUUACCUUUGCUGUCAUCCUUAUGAAGAGCUUUCUGAUUCUAAUUCCAAGAUUGUAUAAAUAUUCACCAGUAUUUUAUUCUGGUACUUUUAUUGUGUUCUCAAACAAAUCUGUGAUCCCUCUGGAAUUUAUUUUCUAAAUUGUCCCAACAUCAUUUAUUGGGAAAUCUAUCCUUUCUCUACUGAUAUGAAAUCCUAUUUUUACUAUAUACCCAAUCCUUAUGCAUGCUUCUGAACUUUCUGCACUUGUACCACAUUGUUUAAUCAUCAUGGAUUUAGACAACAUGUCCCCGUUAAUUAAACUUUUUCAGAAAUUUCCUAGUACUUUUUGUGUAUUAAUAUUUGGGAUCAUUUUUAUAAUGUUUAAUAGAAUUGGAAAUUGAACUUUGUAAAAUUUAUAGGUUACUAUAGAGAGAAUUAACAUCUUUAUAAUAUUAACAUUUCAUUUCAGCAAAUUUUAAAGUAUUACGUUCCUCGGUAUAUUAUUUUCUAGCAUAGGUCAUUUUUGCAGUUGUGGUUACUAUUAUAAAUUAGCUCUCCAGCUGCUUACUGAUAGUAUAAAGGUACAUCAUUGAUUUUCUGAUUUAAAAUGUUAAUUAAAAGGUGUGUAAAUAUAAAGAUUGUGAAAAAACGUCACGUAGAAAUAGAGUCCCUCAUAAUUAAAAUCCCUUUGCCUCAAGAUAGUUAACAGUUCAUGCAUAUUUCUCAAAUUUCUUUCCUAACGUAUUUUUUAUCGUUUUGACCGUAUGAUACAACCCUUCUGCUACUUGCAUGCUUCGCUUGGCUGGAGAUCUUGGGCACCUUCCAGCGUGAGUACCUAUCAAUCUACCUCAUCCUUAAUUCUGCACAGAGAGUAGUGUACAGUUGUAUACGAGUUAAUUUAACUUGGUAAUUGGUUAUAUGUUUAUUUUGUAACAAGCCAAUUACUGAAUUCUGUUUCAUGCCGGUAGUUUUGUUGUGCUAUUGUUAAUUCUUUUGCCUUUUUCAGGUAGAUAAUAGUUCUGGGUAGUGAGGAUAAUUUUACCACCAUAUUUUUAAUCAUCUGUUUUACUUCCUUCUCACAUUGGCCAGCACUUUUAGAACAAUGUUCAGUAACACACUGUGCUGUGUUGGUAUUGUACAUGCUUCUUUAUAUAUAUAUUUUUCACUUAGAAUAUCUUUAGUGUUUCUUCAGACAUAUAAAUUUGACUCUUAAUGUAGAUAUUCUUAAUGUUUGAUUGAUAUAUUAAAGUUAUGCCCUUUCAAGUUUGCUGAAAGUUUUAUCAGUGAUGAUGUUAGAAUUUUAUUAAAUGCCUUUUUUCACAUCUGUCAAGAUGAUCAAGUGAUUUUUCUUUAUCAUAACUUAAGAUGAAUCAUCUUAAUAGACUGGCUAAUGUUAAACGCUCUCUACAUUUCUAGAAAAACCUGAUUCACCCAUGGUAUAGUCUCCUUUUAAUGUACUCAACUCAGUGUUAACAGUGGUUAUUUAUGAAGGGUUGGUUAUGGUAGAUUUUUGUGUUCUUAUCUGUAGUUUCUGAUUUUUCUACAAGGUUCGUGUAUUAGUGUAUAAUAAAAAUAAGACCUUUAAAAUUAAAAAAAUAUUCUGGAUUUGGCUAGCUUAUGUUAUUUUGGAAUUUUUCAUAUGUUAAGAUAGAUAAUUGUGUAACUUUUUUUCCCUCCACUCUCUCUUCUCUCUCAUAUGAUGUUGGGUUUAUGUUAACAUCUAAAAAAAAUAAAAGAGAGAGAGAGAGAACUUGGGAAGCUCUCUUUGUUCUAUGCCCUGGAAUGGUUUAAAUAAUUUUUAGAAUUUUUUGCUCCUUAAAAUUUUUAUAACAUAUAUAAAAUUGUCCAAGUCUAGUGCCUUUUUGGGAAAUAAUCUUUGACAAUUUUUUCAGUGUUUCCCAUCCUCAUUGGUCUCUUCAGAUUUUCUUCCUAUUCUGUAAGUUUUUGGCAAUUUAAAUUUCCUAAAUAAUGACCUGUUAAGAUUUUCAGAUUUGCUAUCAUGAAGUUGUUGUAUUUUCCUAUUCUUAUUUUUUAUGUUGUAUGUCCUGCUUUCACUUUUUAUUCUGAUGAGUUUUCCAUAAUUAGUCUAUUCUGUGGGUCUUUUCAAAGAACCAACUCUGGGACUUAUGUCUUAAUUUACUGUUUUAUCAUUUUAUGAUUUUGGGGGGGGGGUUGUUCUUAUUAAUGUCUUCCUUUAUUUUAUUUUUUUCAUCUUCUCAAGUUGAAUACCAUUUUAACUUUUUCUUGUUUAAUAAUAGCUACAGUUACUAUUAAUUGUAAGGCUAUGGCUUUUCCUCUGAAUACUUUAUUCAUAUCCCUUAAAUUUUUAGGUAUGAUAUUCUAAGUUAUAAAUAAUUUCAGAUUUGAACUUUAUUUUUUACUGCAGAGUUAUUUGAAAUUAUAUUUUUCAUUUCUAGAUAGUUUGAUAUUUGUUGUUGUUUACAACAUUUGCUAUAAAUGUCUAGUUUUACUGCCUUGCUAUCAAAGAGGGUACGGCCUGUACAAUUUCUGCAUUUUGGAGUUUAUUGAUAUUUUCUUAGGACCUAAUAAAUUGUUCGUUUUAAUAAGUAUUCCCAGGAAACUGCAAAAUAAGGUAUAUUCUCUGAAGGGAACAAAAUUCAUAUGUAUUAAUUUGAUCUUAUUAAUUAUAAUAUCAUGGACCUUUCAUUUUUACUUACUUGAGUCAUCAAAGACUAAGGAAAGUAUGUUAUUCUCCCACUACUAUUGUAUUUGUCUAUAUCUCUUGUGUUUCUAACAGUUUUUGUUUUAUGUGUUUUCAGUAUGAUGUUAUUUGGCAGAUUAUCUUUUUAUAUUUAAGGGAAAAAAUAUUUUCCUUUAAAGACUUGUAUACCUUUGUGAAUUUUACCUGAUUUUGUUGUA